GACACGCCACGAUACACUGAACACCUCUCUCUCGACAUUCCACAUACCUGCGUUACUUUCAAGACCACCACCAGGCACAUUUUCUACCGUCAAACCGUCCAAACAUACCUCGAAGCCCGUCUCUACCCUUGCGGCUAAGCCAUCUCCCACCAGCGGCAACCUCCGCGUCCAGAUAGACUCCGAAAGCGGCGGGUCUGACAAAAGAAGAGCAAAUAUGGGUGGCUACCUAUCCACAUUCACAAAGCUCAUAUGGGCGAAGAAGGAGAUACGGAUACUGAUUCUGGGACUUGAUAACGCUGGCAAAACCACACUGCUGUACAGACUAAAGAUUGGCGAAGUAGUCACAACGAUACCUACAAUAGGUUUCAACGUCGAGUCAGUAACAUACAAGAACCUCAAUUUCAACGUCUGGGACCUUGGAGGCCAAACAUCUAUCCGCCCCUACUGGCGCUGCUACUAUGCCAACACAGCCGCCGUAAUAUUCGUCAUCGACAGCACCGACAUCGAGCGUCUGACGACGGCCUCGGAGGAGCUCCGCGCCAUGCUCAACGAAGAAGAACUCCGCGACGCCGCGCUCCUCGUUUUCGCAAACAAGCAGGAUCAGCCUGGUGCAAAGGGCGCAGGCGAAAUCAGCGAGGCGUUACGCUUGGGCGAGCUCAAGGAUCGGAAUUGGAGUAUCGUUGCUUGUAGCGCUGUCGAUGGGAGCGGUGUUCAGGAGGGCAUGGAUUGGCUCGUGAGUAAUGUUGGCGAGGGCCAGAACUGAGCCUUUUGCGGGGAGAGGGAGGUUAUUGUUCAACAAGGAAAAUGAGCAUGGGGAUGGAGAGUGCGGGAAGAGAGCAUUACGCGGCGUACACGCGUCUGAAUGGGGGUUACACUAGCAUAGUGGGCGUUGGGGCGCAACAGGGGGUCGUGGAAGACGGGAAUCUAGCGCCAGUCAUCGUUACAGUCUUCUUCUUUCGAGUCGAUAUAAUGCAGUUUCAUUAUUUUUC